AUGACUGACGGUCCGGUUAUCGAAUUCACCGGAUUCAUGAAAGCUUUCCGCCUGUUCCGCGAGAAUCGUCUAUCCGAAGCAGAAGCCGUCUGUACAAAUCUUCUCCGCAAAAACCCAUUGGAUCAGGCAACAUGGGCUCUGAAAAUGCAAUGUCUUUCGGAUUCCACAUAUGUCGAUGAGCUGGAUAAUGAGGAUAUGGGAUUAGCGGAGACGUUUUUGGAGCAGAAUGUGAUUGCAACGAGUGCAAGACCAGGAACUAGUUUCCAGAGACCAAAGACUACUGCAAAAGGAAUGAAUCCUAUUAUGAGACCAUCUACAAAUGCUGGCCGCCCACUCUCUGGAGUUGUUCGUCCUCAAACUUCAUUCAAAGCAGGAUCCAUGGACCAAGCCGUUCGAACUGCAAGAACUGCAAAAACAGCAAGAGCUGUUAGUAGCACAUCGGCCAGAAACAUGAGACUUGGAACGGCAUCCAUGGCAGCUGGAGCAGAUGGAGAAUUCGUUAAUUUGGCUCGAUUAAACAUUGAUAAGUACGCUGCUGACCCGCAAGUGAAUCGUCAACUGUUUGAAUACGUAUUCUACUACGUCAAUGAUAUGCGUGUAGCUCACCAGAUCGCAGGAACUGCUUCAAAGUCUGCCUCUUUUGAGGACUACUACUGGAAGAAUCAACUUGCCAAAUGCUACUUGCGGUUGGGAAUGCUCAAUGACGCAGAGAAACAAUUGCAUUCUUCUCUAAAUCAACGCAAAUUGAUUGAAUCGUUUGCACUUUUGGCAAAGGUUCAAAAUCGAAUGGAUCAACCGGUGGCAGCAUUGAAAACAUACGCGCAAGGUCUCGACUCGUUCAAUGAAGACGUCACAAUGCUCACUGGAAUCGCACGUGUCCAGGAGGCACUUGGAGAAUACGACUUAUCUGUUGAUAUGUAUAAAAGAGUCCUAGAUGUUCAGUCGAAUAACAUUGAGGCGAUUGCUUGUGUUGCUACUACACAUUUUUAUGAUGGAAAACCAGAAAUUGCGUUGAGAUACUACCGAAGAAUUCUUCAAAUGGGAGUUUCAUCUGCAGAGUUGUUCAUGAACAUUGGACUAUGUUGUUUUGCGGCCCAGCAGUUUGAUUUUGCUGUUUCAUCGAUAUUACGAGCUCAAUCUACAAUGACCGAAGAUGUGGCAGCUGACAUCUGGUACAACAUCGGACAAGUUAUGAUCGAUGUAGGAGAACUUGAAUACGCAGCCAGAGCUUACAGCAUUGCUCUCACUCAUGAUCCGGAUCACAGCGAAUCUUUAGUGAAUCUUGGAAUUUUGAAACACCGCGAUGGGAAAAUCGACGAAUCUCGUGCAAUGUUCAGUUCUGCAAUCGCCAAGAACCCGUUGAUGUUCGAAGGAAACUACAACUUGGCACUUGUCUGUCUGGCUCAGGGAAGAUAUCAUGAAGCUAAGAAUUUGAUUGGAAAAGCGUUGGAAGCAUUCCCGGAUCAUGAGCAUUGCAGAGGAUGUACGAAAAUAUGA